AUGGAGGAAGAAGAAGCUCAUCAUAAUCGCCUCUGCGACUACUGUGAUUCCUCCGUGGCUCUUGUCUACUGCAAAGCUGACUCUGCAAAGCUCUGUCUCUCCUGCGACAGGCAAGUCCACGUCACCAACCAACUUUUCUCCCGCCACUUCCGGUCACUUCUCUGCGACUCCUGCCACGACUCUCCCUCUUCCGUUUUCUGCGACACCGAAAGGUCUGUCCUUUGCCAGAACUGCGACUGGGAACGCCACACAGGCUCCUCCUCCGUCCAUACCCGGAGACCCGUCGAAGGAUUUUCCGGGUGCCCGUCGGUGACGGAGCUGUUGGCCAACGUGGGCCUCGAUGAUCUGAGCGAGAAGGCUCUGUUUCCUGAUGAUUCCGAGAUGUUGCUUUGGGAGACACCGGAGAUCCUCAGCCUGAACGAUCUGGUUGCUCCUGACGGGUCGGGUCAUAACUUCCGGGCCAUGGAUGUUCCUCCUCUGCCUAAGAAUCGUCACGCCACCUGCGGGAAACACAAGGAUGAGAUGAUCCGACAGCUCCGUGGACUAGCCAGAUCCGAGCCGAGUUGUCUGAAACUCGAAGCCACUGAUGCUGAGCUUGACGCCGGGUUCCAGUUCAUGGCGCCGGAAAAUGAUGACGAUUUGUUUUCGACAUUCCAAGUGAGUGGACUGAAAUGGUUCGAGGGCAGUGCAGAUCAACAAGAUGAGGACUUUCCAUAUUCUUCUAUACUAAGAAACUUGUCCGAGUCCGAUGAGAAACAGAACCGGAGAUGUUGCCCUCAAGAGACAUCGGUGAUGGUUCCUGUUUCUGAUAGCUUAAACCGACGUGAGGAAGAGGCUGUGAUGGUGCCGGUUUGCACUACUAUAAGGUCGAGCCAUGAGAUCAACAGUCUUGAGAGAAACUCUGCUCUCUCCCGCUACAAAGAAAAGAAGAAAUCUCGAAGGUACGAGAAGCACAUCAGAUAUGAAUCACGUAAGGUUCGUGCAGAAAGCAGGACAAGAAUCAGGGGACGUUUCGCUAAGGCAGCAGAUCCGUGA